CCUCUCGGCGAUAUCAACACUCACUGCCAGCAUGAUCUUUACGAUGGCCCGACUCUCAACAACAGGAGGUCAGGAGGUCUAAGCAUGACAGGUGGUCCUACAAAACUAGUCGUCACAAACCUGGACUAUGGAGUAUUAAGUUCAGACAUACAGGUAAAAGAAAGUCGCCCAAUGCAUAUUGAAUUGACUACCUCUGAUGUUGUGGUUGCAAUGCAGCAAGCCAACCGAGUCAGCGAAGGCUUCACCCGCAGGCCUAGUGCUGGAGGUUUUAGCCACGGAGUUAUUGGAAGAGGUUUCAGAAGAAAUGUUCGAGGCGAGGGAAGAGGUUACGGACAAGCAGCUAAAAACAAAGUCCCAACUGCUGCAGAGUUAGAUGCAGAAUUAGAUGCGUACAUCAGCCAAAGAAACCUCUCGGCGAUAUCAACACUCGCUGCCAGCAUGAUCUCUAUGAUGGCCCGGCUCUCAACAACAGGAGGAGAUUAG